GCGGCUGAGGCGCCGUGAAAGGCUUCCGGGUUUGGGCCUGGCGCUGCGGUUGAGGCGGUGGCGGCGACCGAGUGGGACGCGGUUGACGGGAGUGGGGAAACGGCAUGGACGUUUCGGGGCAGGAGACCGACUGGCGGAGCGCCGCUUUCCGGCAGAAGCUGAUCAGCCAAAUUGAGGAUGCCAUGAGGAAAGCUGGUGUGGCCCACAGUAAAUCUAGCAAGGACAUGGAGAGCCAUGUGUUCCUGAAGGCCAAGACCCGGGACGAAUACCUUUCUCUCGUGGCCAGGCUCAUUAUCCAUUUUCGAGACAUUCAUAAUAAGAAAUCUCAAGCUUCUGUCAGUGAUCCUAUGAAUGCACUGCAGAGCCUCACUGGUGGACCUGCCGCAGGAGCAGCUGGAAUCAGCAUGCCUCCUCGAGGCCCAGGACAGUCCCUGGGUGGGAUGGGUGGCCUUGGUGCCAUGGGACAGCCGAUGCCCCUCUCGGGGCAGCCUCCCCCUGGGACCUCGGGGAUGGCGCCUCACGGCAUGGCUGUUGUGUCUUCAUCAGCUCCGCAGACCCAGCUGCAGCUCCAACAGGUGGCACUGCAGCAGCAGCAGCAGCAGCAACAGCAGCAGUUCCAGCAGCAGCAGGCAGCACUGCAGCAACAGCAGCAACAGCAGCAACAGCAGUUCCAAGCUCAGCAGAAUGCCAUGCAGCAACAAUUCCAGGCAGUGGUGCAGCAGCAGCAGCAGCAGCUCCAGCAACAGCAGCAGCAGCAGCAGCACCUGAUUAAAUUGCAUCAUCAAAACCAGCAACAGAUACAGCAGCAGCAGCAGCAGCUACAGCGGAUGGCACAGCUACAGCUGCAACAGCAGCAGCAGCAGACUUUGCAGGCUCAGCCUCCUAUACAGCAGCCCCCAAUGCAGCAGCCACAGCCCCCACCCUCACAGGCCCUGCCCCAGCAGCUGCAGCAGAUGCAUCACCCACAGCACCAUCAGCCGCCACCACAGGCCCAGCAGCCACCAGUUGCUCAGAACCAACCAUCGCAACUCCCACCACAGUCCCAGUCCCAGCCUUUGGUAUCACAGGCUCAAGCCCUCCCUGGACAGAUGUUGUAUGCCCAACAGCAGCUGAAAUUUGUCCGAGCUCCGAUGGUGGUGCAGCAGCCGCAGGUGCAGCCCCAGGUGCAGCAGGUGCAGCCCCAGGUGCAGCAGCAGACAGUGGUGCAGACAGCUCAGGCUGCCCAGAUGGUGGCUUCUGGAGUCCAGAUGAUCACCGAUGCCUUGGCCCAAGGCGGGAUGCACGUAAGAGCCCGGUUCCCGCCCACCACCGCUGUGUCUGCCGUCCCGUCAAGCUCCAUCCCUUUGGGCGGACAGCCCACAGCACAGGUCGGUCAGAGCAGCCUCCCCAUGCUGUCCUCACCAUCGCCCAGCCAGCAGGUGCAGACCCCGCAGUCAAUGCCACCUCCCCCACAGCCAUCCCCACAACCCGGCCAGCCCAGCUCACAGCCCAACUCCAAUGUCAGCUCCGGUCCUGCCCCAUCCCCUAGUAGCUUCCUGCCCAGCCCCUCCCCACAGCCUUCCCAGAGCCCAGUGACAGCGCGCACCCCGCAGAACUUCAGCGUCCCCUCACCUGGACCUUUAAACACCCCUGUAAACCCCAGCUCUGUCAUGAGCCCAGCCAGCUCCAGCCAGGCCGAGGAGCAACAGUACUUGGACAAGCUGAAACAGCUGUCCAAGUACAUUGAGCCCCUGCGCCGCAUGAUCAACAAGAUCGACAAGAACGAAGACAGGAAAAAGGAUCUGAGUAAGAUGAAGAGCCUUCUGGACAUUCUGACCGACCCCUCUAAGCGGUGUCCCCUGAAGACCCUGCAGAAAUGUGAGAUUGCCCUGGAGAAACUCAAGAAUGACAUGGCAGUGCCCACGCCUCCACCACCCCCAGUGCCACCAACCAAGCAGCAGUACCUGUGCCAGCCGCUCCUGGAUGCAGUCCUGGCCAAUAUCCGCUCACCUGUCUUCAACCAUUCCCUGUACCGCACGUUUGUGCCAGCCAUGACUGCCAUCCAUGGCCCACCCAUCACGGCACCUGUAUUGUGCACCCGGAAGCGCAAGUUUGAGGAGGAUGAGCGGCAGAGCAUCCCCAACGUGCUGCAAGGGGAGGUGGCCAGAUUAGACCCCAAAUUCCUGGUGAACUUGGACCCUUCUCACUGCAGUAACAAUGGCACCGUCCAUCUGAUAUGCAAGCUGGAUGACAAGGACCUCCCAAGUGUACCACCACUGGAGCUCAGCGUGCCCGCCGACUACCCUGCCCAGAGCCCGCUGUGGAUCGACCGGCAGUGGCAGUAUGACGCCAACCCCUUCCUGCAGUCGGUGCACCGGUGCAUGACCUCAAGGCUGCUGCAGCUCCCUGACAAGCACUCGGUCACGGCCCUGCUCAACACCUGGGCACAGAGCAUCCACCAGGCCUGCCUCUCAGCCGCCUAGCCCAGCCAGCAGGGACAGCCAACAGCUUUAUCGGGGCUGUGGACACACUGCCUCCUGUUGGACACAUCUAGGUGUUGGCUUCCUAAGAAAGCCUGGGGUUAGGUUAGCUUUCCUGCUUUUAUCUUCUGCCUUGGGGACCUGCCAAACAUUUUCCCAUACUUGUACAGAACCUGGGACAAGUGUCUGUGGAGCUGACUGUGUGUGGGGGUUGGCCGUUGUCUUAGAGAAGAUUCUCUAUGCAAUUUCCUCCUGGGAGUCAGACAGCACCCUGGGCCCCCACCCCUCAGGAUGUCCUCCCCACAGCCUCUGCAGGGCCUGUGUCCAUUCUCAGCAGUGGUUGGGAGACUCAGGGUCCUGCUAGAGCAUCUUGUGUGUGUGCUAGGAAACACUUUUGCUCAUUUCCAUAUGAGAUCAUGGAGCACAUAGGAAACCCUUCAAACACACACACAAUUAUCUGAUCACGGUUUUGGAUUUAGGCUGUGCCGCUUUUGGCAUGUAGGGCAUACCACAGGGAAGUUCCUGGGUCCCGGGCACAGGCUGCAUCUUGCAGGGAAGGCUGGCAUGUGAGUGGCUGCAGGUCUCCUGCCACCAGCUGGGCCUCAGACCUCAUGGCGUUCCUGCUCAGCACUGUGGGAGUGCCCAGGGAGCAGGACAUCUGAAGAUCCUGUCCCUGGCACCUUUGUGCCAUUCUCCGAUCAGGGUGCCAUGUCCCUGCUGUGAAGGAUGAAGAGUGACCAGCCGGGCACUGUCCUCAGGACCCAGCGUCCUCAGAGCAACAAUAUUCUACGCCGCUACAGAGAAUGCAGGCUCCCUACCGGGACAUGGCCACACAGCGCCUCCACAUGAUUGGGCAUUGGCCGGCAGCCCUCUGGUGACGAUAAGUCCCCCCUUUUGUAUGUGCACUACCCUGUCAUCUGUGGUUCUUAUAAUAAAUUUAUUAUUCCUGUGUUUGUCAGUA